AAAGAUGCUCGCCUCAGCACUAUUGUCUGCUUUUGUCUUACUUGCUGCUGUGUCCGGUGUCGCUGCGAGCCCGACGACAAAGCGCAGCGCUCCUCCAGGCUUCGUUACCACCAAAGGAACGCAAUUCGAACUCGAUGGAGAGCCUUUUGCAUUUGUUGGGGCAAACUCCUACUGGCUACCUCUUCUUCUGACACAGAGUGAUGUCGAGAGCACGUUUCAGACGAUGAGUCAAGCAGGAGUGAAGGUUCUGCGUACCUGGGGAUUCAACGCUAUCAACGGGUCCGAACUUGCCGGAGCGAAAGAAUCUGGACUUACUUACUAUCAAAUCUGGAAUAGUAGCUCGUUCGCCCUCAACGCUGGCUCCCAAGGUCUGGAACGCCUAGACAAUGUCAUCGAGACUGCGGGAAAGCACGGCAUCAAGGUCAUUGUGGCAUUCUCCAAUAAUUGGGUGGGGUACGGGGGCUCGGACCUCUACAUUCAAUGGAUGGCUCCUGGAAGCACAACACACGAUGUGUUCUUCAAGAAUCCGAGCAUUAUCACUGCUUAUCAAUCCUACGUACGCACCAUCGUCGAGCGCUACAAGGACUCCCCGAAUAUCUUUGCCUGGGAGUUAUUAAACGAGGCACGGUGCUCUAGUGACACUUACCCUUCUGGACCGUCAUGCACGCCGGCUAGUGGGGCGGAAACUCUACUUGGCUGGUAUAAGGAGCAAUCGGACUUUGUCCGGAGUCUGGAUCCGGACCACUUAAUUACCACUGGCGGAGAAGGCCAUUUCUUCUGGACUCAUCCGCGCACAUACUGGUUCAAUGGACAACUUGUCAGCGACUACAACUGGAACGGCCAAGCCGGCGAGGAUUUCGACCGCAAUUUGGCUCUCUCAAAUAUCGAUUUCGCCACAUACCAUAUGUAUCCUCAAUCAUGGUAUCCUGAGCUCGACUUCCCCGGAAGUAAUUUCUCUAUCGCAAACUGGGGCUUGCAAUGGAUCAACGAUCACAUCAAUGCUGGAAACAGAGCAGAUAAGCCGAUUGUGCUCGAGGAAUUCGGUCUAGGUGGUCUCGACAAUAAGACGCAGAUCUACCCGACCUGGGUUCAACACGCCUUAGAUACCAAACAUGCCAGUAUUAUGCCUUGGCAGUUUGGAGUGCUCGGUUUGACGGAGGACGGCGGCAACAGAAUCAUUAAGUAUUCCGACGCGGUUAACCACGGGGCUUCUCCAAAUGAUGGCAAUACCUUUUACCCAAACCAGACCGCUGUCUGGAAUAUCUUCACACGGGCUGCCGAAAUUCAAGCGCAGCGAUCCCAGUAGUGUCCCAGCUUCGUUUCUCGUCCUUCGCGAAAAUGAUCAUAGUCUGGGUUUGCUCGGUUCGAUGGGUAGACAGCAAACGGUACCAAACUGUGUACAUACAUUCGUCGGAAGCUUGGGUGUACCUUGAAUGUAGCUAAUG